AUGGCCAAGCUGGUGCUGGAGGAUAUUGCUUUUCCACUUGGAUUUGCUCGGGGUGCAGCUACAGCAGCAUAUCAAAUUGAAGAAGGCUGGAAUGCAGAUGGAAAGGGCCCUAAUGUCUGGGAUAUAUUCACUCAUCAGGGAGGAGAUCGAGUUUUCAAGAACCAGACUGGUGAUGUAGCUUGUGGCAGCUACACUCUGUGGGAGGAAGAUUUGAAAUGUAUCAAACAGCUUGGAUUGACUCAUUAUUGCUUUUCUCUUUCCUGGUCACGUCUGUUACCUGAUGGGACGACAGGUUUCAUCAACCAGAAAGGUAUUUUUCAGUUCUGUGUUUCAAUACAGCAAGGCCUUGGGAUAGAUAUUUCACAAGCACCUAUGUCUCAUAAGGAUAUCUGA